AGCGCCACGGUCCACCCUUCGGUAUGCUGACGUAGGGGAGGCAGGGUUUGUUGAGUGAGGACGUGCAGAGCUCAGAAGUGAGCGGCGCCAUGCGAUUGACUUAUUAGACUGGGCGAGGAAUGAGUGUUCCAAAGUAUCUAGAUCAUUCGAAGUGCCGCGGUCUAUAGUCUAUUCAUGAACAACAUCAGCAUAGAAAGAGCUGAAGUGAGCACAUGUGAUGAAUUCAUCGGGGCUUCGGGAGGGGGGCGUUGGUUUUCUUGCGCUAUGGUGUGGCAGACAGUGGAUUGCUUCCAAACUUAACUGUAACAGAACGCGUGGAGAGUCUUGGAAUUAAAAGGACCGUGAGAAUCCCGGUCAAAAUGGAAAAGGACAGUGAAUUGGAUCCGGAGCAAGACAAGCAGUACUGCGAACUUUGCGGGAAAAUGGAGAACCUGCUUAAAUGUGGACGCUGCCGAAAUUCAUUUUACUGCAGCAAAGACCACCAGAAACAGGACUGGAAAAAGCACAAGCUGAUCUGCAAAGAGGCCGACAAGAGCAAGGUCCCGAACCAAUCUGUAAAAACUUCUGAGACGCUACGACCAUCACCACAACCUCGAAAGGACUCGGUUACACCUCGAGCAAGGAUACAAGCGAAAGAAUUGAUUUCAACCGACGUUUCCGGGAUAAUUAACAACACAAAAUCUAAUGGUCAGACAAACAAGCGCUCUUUGGGCGACAUAGUCAUAUGUAAUAUGAAUGACCACGGUAUUUGCUUUCUUGAUAACUUUCUGGGGGAGGAGACCGGGUUGGCUAUACUGGAAAACGUUGCGGCUCUCCAUCAGAGCGGCCGAUUCACUGACGGACAGCUGGUCGGUCAGAGAAGCGAUUCCACUAAAGACAUUCGAGGAGACCAGAUAGUGUGGAUCGAGGGAAACGAAGAUGGAUGUGAGAAGAUCAGUUUUCUUAUGAGUCGCAUGGACGACCUCCUCAGACUUUGUAAUGGUAGACUGGGAAACUACAGAAUAAAUGGCAGAACGAAAGCGAUGGUUGCGUGUUACCCAGGUGAAGGAAAAGGGUAUGUGCGUCAUGUGGAUAACCCCAAUGGCGAUGGGAGAUGUGUCACGUGUAUAUAUUACCUAAACAAGGAUUGGGAUGCCAAGGCACAUGGAGGUCUUCUACGGAUAAUACCAGAAGGCAAGGCCAACUAUGCAAUUGACAUCGAACCCAAGUUUGACCGGCUGCUGCUGUUCUGGUCUGAUAGACGAAACCCCCAUGAGGUGCAGCCUGCACAUGCCACUAGGUAUGCUAUUACAGUGUGGUAUUUUGAUGGUGACGAGAGAGCGCGAGCUAAAGAAAGAUAUUCAACAGCUGCUGGAGAGAAAGGUGUGAAGAUGGAGAUGAAUAAGCCAUCUGAUGCCACCUAAUCCCCCAGAAGGCCUCCACCCUCUCUGCAUCUCUCCCAUGUAUCCAGAGAUAAGGAGGAGGACACUGAAUGAUUUGUCAUCCCAAACAGCAUUCAAAUAUGUAUCAAAGAUGAAGAGUACAAGGAGGAGAAAGAGUUAGCAAAGACAGUGUUUAUUUCUUCAUGUCAUGUCAUGUAUCCACCUGCUGACCCUGACUGCAGACCCAUUGUGCUACAAAGACUAUGUCUAUGGAUCUACAUUUUAUUUUAUUUUGCUGGUGUGUAAAAUAUGUGAGGAAAGGAAGACACAUUGUAUUUCUCCUACUCUAGCUGCUUGGCUCGUUUUCCCUCAGAAAGGUACAAUGCUCAGGUUGGUGUUCUUGCUUCGUGACACACGUGUGUGCAAAUGAAACGAGUUGUGAUUUAUGUUUUUCGAAGCAUUAAAAGGUGUGAACUGCACAGUGCAUGUUUUUGAAAGCACUUUAGGUCCGGACACCAAGAUCGGGCCUGGUUCUGGCACUGAUUCGGCGAGUCCGGUUCUGUGGAUUGGAAGCAGAUCACGGCCGCAGCUAUUCUAGAGUCUGACACUAUCUGGGUCGUCUCUGUAGAGGGAAUGCCAGCAUCUCUAAGGUGCCAGAGCCAAACUCCUCUCCCUCCCUCUCUACUCUCCGGCGUAAAACGGUUGCCUGGUAACAUACGUUAAGCAUGGGGACCAUGUCUGCCCGUCCACCAUAUUAUCAAGCACUUAUCCUUGCGGUUGCCUGCAAAUUGCCUUGAGUGCCUUUAUAACUUGUACAAGGUGAGGCAAAGAUCUAUCUGUAAUUAUGCCCAGUGCUAUGACCAGAAUAAGACAGCUGAAAAUCAUUCGUCCUGAACAUAACGCUUAAGAGGUAUCAGUGUCUGUAAACAUAUUUUUGAUGGUGUGCCUCCACCUUGGAUUGAAAAGCCAGUUUCACUGUAAGUGUCUAUAAUUGUAUUGGGGAUGCUGCUAAAUUCAGCCUAAAAACUCAAUGUUAUAGACUGCUUUCUGAUAGCACAAAGUCAACCUCAAUAGUGAAUACAUAAUACAAAUGCAUUAGGACAAUCACUUGUAUGUCAGGUCUAAUUGACUACCAUCUCUUUUUCAAAUAAAUGGACAGAAUUAAAAUUUAAAUAUAUCACUAAGUACAAUUAGUCAUGGGUUACAGCUUCACUUGUCCUGACUUGUCAAAUAGGUAACCAUAAAACUUAAAUAUUGGUGUUUGAUCAUCAAAAUUACAGUGGUUGGUGUUGCAAGGCACAAAAUGGAUGUGUAGUUGUUUAAUAAAUCAAGUCCAGCAGAUUGCACUAUGCUAAUAAGCAUGCACACUGAGCAUAAGUCAGUGAAACUGAUCAAAAUAGGUUAAUGUCAGAGGCUGUGUUUGUGUUAGAUCAAGAUUUAAUGAUCACCUGAUCAUACUUUUGCCGUCCUGAAUGCUGGUCCUCUUCUCUCCCUCACAACAGUGGAGAAAAAGGGUCUUUCAAUUCACUGCUGACUUAGUGGAAAGCUAAUCUUUUUUGUGUGUUACCUUGUGUGGAUCACCCAAAAGUAGCGUUCUAAGAAAACAUGUUUGUUUGAAUAAAUUAUGCUACAUGAUGACAUUCUUUCCAAUAACUCGAUUAAACAUAGCAGGCCAUGACAACUCACUCAGAGGUUGAUGGCAAAUUCAUUUUAACGUAUUGUUUUGUACAUCUUUGUCCUUGUAAUAUCUGUCUCUUUCCAACGAUUUGGGAUUAGAAUAAUAAAUGGAGGUGUGUGUGUAUAACUGAGGAAGUAUUUGGUAUACUAAGAAGAUAAUAAAUGUGUAUCCAAUCUU